AUGCUGCCGCUCCGUCGUCUCCUGCUGCCUACUGGAGGCCGCUACGUGUCCGCCGUGGCGUCAACCGGGUCACGAGCAUCCUCGUCCUGGACGACACUUCAGCGUCCGAAGAUCCUGCUGAUCGGCGACUCGUUGACUCAAGAGGGCACCGAUCCCGAUCUCGGCGGCUGGGUGUGUCAGCUCCAGCACCGCUACACUCGCUCCGCCGACGUGGUGGUGCGUGGGUUGUACGGCUACAGCACCGAGAUCUUCGUGCGUCACGCUCUUCCAGGUCUCAAGAGAGACUUGGCCUCAUGGACCGACCCCCCAGCGUUGGUGGCUCUCUGGCUCGGUGGCAACGACUCGGCACUGCCAACGGGCUUCGAGGCUGCGCUUCACGUGCCGAUCCCCAAGUACCGCGCCAACCUCCGCGAAAUCGUGCAAGCAAUUCGAGCCGAAGCUCCAGAGACUGCGAUCUUGAUGGUCACUCCCCCAGCACUCGACUUCUCUAAUGAAGCAGUGGGGGAGUACGCGCGCGCGUGCGUUGAAGAGGCGAAGGCUGCGGGGCUGCCGGCGCUCGACUUCCACACGAUCAUGAACGACUUGGGGGAGCAAGAACGCCACGCGUGCCAGUACGACGGACUGCACUUCAACAUGAAGGGCCAUGCGCUGGUCGCUGACACAAUUCUCGCUACGAUUGAGAAGGAGUUUCCUGCUGUGGCUAAGCAACUAGACGCAUGGGAGCACCCGGACUACCUCGAACUGAUUGACAACAAGGAGGAACAGUAG